AUGGUGAGGCUCGUGUUGCCCAACCCGGGCCUGGAGGACCGGAUCCCGUCCCUGGACCAGCUGGAGAGCAUCGAGGCCAAGGAGGCCGGCUCCCGGCCCCAGUGGGACAACAAGGCCCAGUACAUGCUCACCUGCGUGGGCUUCUGCGUGGGCCUGGGCAACGUGUGGCGCUUCCCCUACCUGUGCCAGAGCCACGGCGGAGGGGCCUUCAUGAUCCCGUUCCUCAUCCUGCUGGUCGUGGAGGGCAUCCCCCUGCUGCACCUGGAGUUCGCCAUCGGGCAGAGGCUGCGGAAGGGGAGCGUGGGCGUCUGGAGCUCCAUCCACCCGGCCCUGAAGGGCGUAGGCAUCGCGUCCAUGUUCGUGUCCUUCAUGGUGGGCCUCUACUACAACACCAUCAUCGCCUGGGUCAUGUGGUACUUCUUCAACUCCUUCCAGGACCCCCUGCCCUGGAGUGAGUGUCCGCUCAACGCCAACAAGACAGGCUACGUGGAGGAGUGCGCGCGCAGCUCCUCCGUGGACUAUUUCUGGUACCGGGAGACCCUCAACAUCUCCACCUCCAUCAGCGACUCCGGCUCCGUGCAGUGGUGGGUCCUGCUCUGCCUGACCUGUGCCUGGAGCGUGCUCUACGUGUGCACCAUCCGCGGCAUCGAGACCACCGGCAAGGCCGUGUACGUCACCUCAACGCUGCCCUACGUCGUCCUGACCAUCUUUCUCAUCCGGGGUCUGACACUGAAGGGAGCCACCAAUGGCAUCGUGUUUCUCUUCACACCCAACGUCACGGAGCUGGCCAACCCGGUCACCUGGCUGGACGCGGGGGCUCAGGUCUUCUACUCCUUCUCGCUGGCCUUCGGCGGUCUCAUCUCCUUCUCCAGCUACAACUCUGUGCACAACAACUGUGAGAGGGACUCGGUGAUCGUGUCGGUCAUCAACGGCUUCACGUCCGUGUACGCGGCCACCGUGGUCUACUCCAUCAUCGGCUUCCGUGCCACCGAGCGCUUCGACGACUGCUUCAACACGAACAUCCUGACGCUUAUCAACGGCUUCGACCUGCCUGAGGGCAACGUGACGCAGGAGAACUUCGCGGAGGUGCAGCAGUGGUUCAAUGCCACGGAGCCCGAGGCCUACGCGAAACUGCAUUUCCAGACCUGCGACAUGAACUCCUUCCUCUCGGAGGGCGUGGAGGGCACGGGGCUGGCCUUCAUCGUCUUCACGGAGGCCAUCACCAAAAUGCCUGUGUCCCCGCUGUGGUCCGUCCUCUUCUUCAUCAUGCUCUUCUGCCUGGGCCUGUCGUCCAUGUUUGGCAACAUGGAGGGCGUGGUCGUGCCCCUGCAGGACCUCAAGAUCAUCCCCGAAAAGUGGCCCAAAGAGCUGCUCACAGGCCUCAUCUGCCUGGGGACGUACCUGAUCGCGUUCAUCUUCACGCUGAACUCGGGCCAGUACUGGCUGUCCCUGCUGGACAGCUACGCCGGUUCCAUCCCGCUGCUCAUCAUCGCCUUCUGCGAGAUGUUUGCCGUGGUCUACGUGUACGGUGUGGACAGGUUCAGCAGGGACAUCGAGUUCAUGAUUGGCCACAAGCCCAACAUCUUCUGGCAAGUCACGUGGAGGGUGGUCAGUCCACUGCUUAUGCUGGUCAUUUUCCUGUUCUUCUUUGUGGUCAAGGUCAACGAGGAGCUGAUCUACAGCGUCUGGGACCCUGCCUAUGAGGAGUUUCCUAAAUCCCAGAAGGUCACGUACCCAGGCUGGGUGUAUGCCGUGGUGGUCAUCGUGGCUGGGGUGCCCUGCCUGGCCAUCCCCGUCUUCGCCAUCUACAAGCUCAUCAGGAACCGCUGCCAGAGACGGGGGGACCGCCAGGGGCUGGUCAGCAGGGUGUCCACGACCUCCAUCAACGGGGACCUGAAGUACUAA